AUGCUAGUUAGGCAACAAAUGCAAAUUCAGGGAAGUAAGGAUGUGCUGAGGAAGUCAGUGCGGCACCCGUCCAGCUCCCCGAGCAGUGAACAAAUCCACGGGUAUUCCUUGGACUACGUUCACACAGCGAGUGGACGGGAGAGUCCGAGGGCUCCGUCCUUUGUUACGCCGGGGACACCCCUGGAAGGCAAGCCCAAGGCCCAGGGGCACAUCUGGCCUUCCGAAAAGCAGUCCACAGAGCCAUCCCGGCCUCUUUACCGCCGAGACACUGUGAGGUCACACAGGCAGGACACAAAACCCACACGCAGCAACCCCCGCAAGGCGCCCCGAGCCCGGGUGCCCACCGCCAACUGCCACCCCAAAUCCGCUCGCGGGCGCAGGACCUGUUCAGGUGUGAACACUUAUGUAAUCGUCCUCGGGGCCACGCCUUUCCCACCGCCCCACCUCCGCCAGAACAAAGUGAAGUUUAAAAUAGAAACCAAUUACCUGGCCUCCGCCGCGCCUCGGCCCCGGGAGCCCGGUCCACGCCGCCGCGCAGGCCCCCCGCCCGGCCCGGCCCGGCCCGGAGCCCCGCGCAGACCCCAGUUCCGGGCCGGCCCCGCCCCCCUCCCCGGCCCUGGCCCCAGCCCUCCACAACCCCAUCCGCUGGCUCCCCCACCCCGCGGCCUGCCCUUCCCCCCGCAGCCCCCCUCUCCUCCUCCUCCGGGGCCUGCUCCCGCCCCCGCCGGCUCCCACCGCCCGCCCCGCUCGCCCCCGCCCCCCGACCCGCACAGACCCCCGCCUUUGUUGUGGUGCGAACCCUCCUCCUGGCAGCCCAGCAACAAGCGGCCACCGCCCCCACCCCGGGGCGGGCAGACAGGCACAGCCACCCCGUGGUGCUCCCGGAAGACACCGCGUCUCCAACGUUUACGCAGAGAUGCUGCUCGGCUCAGGUCGGGUCCGUACGCUUCCCGAGGUGCGUACUACGCGAGCCACACAUAUCACUCCCGAUAUUCCUGGGAAAGUCGGUGCCACAGUCAGUCAGCUGCAAGCGUGGGGUUGCCGGUGACGCGCUCUGCCCGUGAAGACGCCCAUUGUGCGGGACAGGCGCGGCCAGGGCGCAGCGUCCAGGAGGUGGGUAGGCAGCCGAACUUGCACUGGCCACGAGCGCUUCACCUUCUAGAAUCUGCCAGGGACCAAGCAUCAACUCCCAGGGAGAAAAUAAAAUGUGAAGUUGGAAGACACACGCUGCCCUUCACUUUUCUGAGGAGUUCACAUCGGUUUCCGCAUUCCGCGUUCUCAGUUCGCUUUGCCCCGGCUAGUGGGCUCCAUCGCCUGGACCGCAAACGCACCAGGGCGUGCCCGCCGGGGGCGAGGCCAAAGAAACCGCACGUUUCGAGUCCCCAGUUGCUGAGAAACAAUCACAGCGCUCCUCUUUUCUUCCCCUGCCGUUGCAGGUUCCGACCUGAAUCCGAAAGUGCUUCUAAAUCCCAUGCUCCACAGGAGGUUCGGAGGGGGAGGCGCUCGGGGGGGACUGCUGCGUGCCCAUGUAGCCGAACCGACUCGAAUAAAAGCGUGUCUACGUCUACAUCACACAUCUGUGCAAAUGCAGAAGCCUGCGGAUGCUCGGGGCUGGCCAGACUUCAAUGUGCAGACACAUGGGCUCAUGCACGCGCGCGCGCUCACACACACUCACACCCCAAAUUACCUCCGGGAUGGAGAAAGCCGCAGCGGAUUGGCCAGCAGAACCGUCACUCACGCCCAGGGGGCAGGGACACUUCGCAAAGCUGUUUCCUUUUUUUUUUUUUUUUUUUUUUUUCUUCUCCUCUCCUCCCUACCGUUUCAUUUAAUGGUAAAACAACAGCAGAGCUCUGAAAGUUAGCCAUCUGCGCGGAGUUUGCCUUCUUUAAGGAAGGAGGCGUCAGACGAUAUCCAUUUAAAUGUAUUUUGUACUUCCACAAAGGAUGGAAAGGGAAAUUAACGAUGGGAGUGGAGGCGGAAAGGGAGCUCCGAAUAAGAAGGAGGGGUCAUCCCGCGGGGGGAGGGGGGGCCGGGGGCGGACGCAAGGGAAAGAGUUCUUCUCUACACAGAAGAGGGACUUUGACCUUCCAUUGAUCUCGAAAUUAAAAAAUGUUUUUCACAGGUCAGAUUGUAACCAAAACUCGUUCAUAAUUUAUGAACUCGUCGUUUUGAUUUUAUUAUUUAAGCAUGCGCCAGCAGUCGUGUUUCCUUAAGAAAGAACUGACCUAUUUUUGGCUGGAGAUAAACGAUCAUGUUAACAGAUGUUAAUCUUGUAAUCUGUUUUUCCUGUAAGCACUUUACCUACCCGGGUUUCAGACAUCUUUUCCAAAAAGACCUGACGUCACAAUUGACUCCCUGAAAAAUCACACUCCCCCUCCAGUUUCUUCCCCUGCAAUGAUUUCAAAGACGUUAAAUCUUUUCCACUUUAUAAAUGCUGAUCUGUUCUGCCUCUACUCCCACAGGCUUUUAUUUGCAUUUUAAAUUCCACAGGUUACACCAGUCGCCUUUUCAAAAAAUAUAAACCAACAAUGAAGCAGCAAAUGGCUUUUUGUGCAUCUGGAUUAAAUAAAACACAGAAUGAAUAUAUUUAAAAA